AUGGCGGCGAGACGAACCUUUCAGGAUCAGUACGGCCAACGCAUCCCGUUCGGGAAGCCUAUGUUGGAGGCUUUCUGCAUGGAUCCAGGAUACAUCAACCUCAAUGCAACAUCUUGUGGAUCGUGGCCCAAGGCUGUCAGUGACAAACUGAAAGACCUCUGGGCCCAGCUAGAGGCUCAACCCGACUUGUUCUCGGGAUUCUCGCAGGGCCCUGUUCUGCAGGAGGCACGCCUCGGUAUCGCCCAGUUGGUUCACGCUGCCGUCUCCGAGUGCGUCCUCAUCUCCAACGCCACCACGGGCAUCUUCACAGUUCUCUAUAACUACCCCUUUGAGGCGGGGGACGUCGUCCUGACCCUGUCGACCACCUAUGGUGCCAUCGACAAUGCCAUUACUUCUCUGGCCGAGACGCGGCCCCUGCAGGCGCGCAAGGUCGAAUUCGAGUUUCCCACCACGCAUCAGGACAUCGUGUCCCGCUUCGAGGCUGCCAUCGCCCAGAUCAAAGCUGAGGGACUACGUCCUCGGCUAGCCGUUCUGGAGACGGUGGUUAGCAUCCCAGCCGUGCGGAUGCCCUUCGAGGAGCUGGUGCGCGUGUGUCAGAGGGAAGGCGUCAUGACCUUGGUCGACGGAGCUCACAGCGUCGGCCAGUUCGAGGUCAAUCUCGAUGAGCUGCAGCCAGAUUUUUUCACUGCCGAGUGCCACAAGUGGCUAUUUGUUCCUCGACCGUGUGCUUUUUUGUAUGUAGCACAGCGGAACCAGCACUUGUUCCGCUCCACGAUCCCGACGUCUUUCGGCUUCAUUCCCAGAGGGGGUCAGUCUACCCUGCCUUUGUGGUCCCAAAUGGUCAGCGCAGACCCGGCGACAUCUCCGUUUGAGACCCUGUUCGCCUACACGGCCACGAGUGACAACAUGCCGCACAUGUGCAUACCGACCGCGCUCCGCUUCAGGCAGGACAUAUGCGGUGGCGAGGUCGCCAUCUACGAGUAUGUGCGUUGGCUCGCCAAAGAAGGAGGAGACAGAGUCGCCAGUAUCCUAGAGACCGAGGUGCUAGAGGAACCUGAUAUAGCACUCGGAGCUCACAGUCAGAUGAGGAACUGCGGCAUUGCAACAGUUCGACUGCCCCUGAGGAUUGCUACUGGGGAUUCUCAUUCAGCUGCCUCGGUCAAAAUUUCGCAGACCCAUGCCCUUCUAGCCGAAGAACAGGUUGGGCCGGCGGUGCGGUACUUGACUAAAUGUCUAUCCGACACCUACAGAACGUGGCUACCGUUUAUUGAUUACAAGGGCUGGAUAUGGGCUAGAAUUUGCGCACAGAUAUACUUAGAAGUCAGUGACUUUGAGUUUGUCGGCCAUGCUCUCAAGAUACUUUGCGAGAAGAUCGCUAAGGGAGAGGUCGGACCGGAGAGCCAGUCGAAUCAAUAG